AUGGUGACUACAACCACUUGGAAGCCCAAACAUACCCAAAAGGAAUCUCAACCUCUUGCUGAUGGCAAUAGCAAGAAAAUCAUGUCCAAUGAGGUGAAACCAACAACUGAGAUUGUCAUGUCAAAAGAGAAGCCUCCAUCAGAUCCUGGAAGUAACAGAAACAAUGGAAUUGAAGUUGCAAAAUUUAGGCAGCCUACUCAUAAACUACAGGAUGAAACUCAAGUGACAUCUAUCUCACCUGGGUCACAUCCCCACCCCGGAUCACAUAGGGUGAGCAACGGAUCGGCCACCAAGGCCUUAACCAACUAA